AUGGGCAAGGGUCGUCGUAUGAAGAAGCAGGGCCCUCCGGCCCCGCUGGAUGAGUCGAAGAUUUCUAUGCUUAAGAAGCGCAAGGCAGGCGAGCCCGAAUCCACGACCGAGUCUGGCAAGAAGCGGAGAAGAAAUGAGGUGGAAGAGGAGAAGCCGGCGAAGAAAAAGAAUACCCAGAAGAAGGUUGACAAGGUGGUCAACGGAAAGGGGGUUAAAAGUACCGAUGCGACCGACGGAAAGAAUAUGAAGAAACCGGCGCCGAAGAAGAUGGAUUUUAUGGAGUCGGAUGACGAAGAUAUGUCGGACAUCGAGGACGAGAUGGCCGAAGAUGAAUUCGAUGACCUAGACGGUGUCAGUGAUGGAUCAGUGGGCGGCCAGAACGAUGAGGACAACUCAGUCAUGGACUCCGAUGAAGAGGAUCACCCACAACAGACAAUGUUUUCUGACGACGAGGACCUUUCUGAUGCGGAAGAGAAGCUGACGGCGGCUAACAUCGAGGGAUUGUCUCGAAAGCUGGAUGAGGAAAAGCAAGCCGAAGCAGAGGAGGCGGAGAGAGAAUUGCAAGAAGCAGCUAUGCAGACCAACAUUGCUGGUGACCAGGUGGAUGUCUUUGGAGACGCCGAAGCUACUGCUGGCCAUGGUUUGGCUCCGGAUCUGCAACUGCUCCGCACAAGAAUCACGGAUACCAUUCGAAUCCUGGGUGAUCUGAAAACAUUGGGCCGGCCGGGCAAGUCGCGUGCCGACUACCUCCAGCUACUCCUAGCCGAUAUUUCUACCUACUACGGAUACACCCCUUUCCUAGCCGAGAAGCUUUUCAAUCUCUUUACUCCCAUGGAAGCGUUCGCCUUCUUCGAAGCCAACGAAACCCCUCGUCCUGUUGUCAUCCGUACCAACACAUUGCGCACAAACCGUCGGUCUCUGGCUCAGGCACUGAUCAAUCGUGGUGUCGUUCUGGAACCUGUUGGUAAGUGGUCCAAGGUCGGCCUUCAAGUGUUCGAGUCGGCCGUACCAUUGGGUGCUACACCCGAGUACCUAGCAGGUCACUAUAUCCUGCAGGCCGCAUCUUCAUUCCUCCCCGUUAUGGCACUGGCCCCGCAACCCAACGAGCGAAUCCUCGAUAUGGCUUCUGCCCCCGGUGGAAAAACCACAUACAUUUCAGCGUUGAUGCGCAAUACUGGCUGUAUAAUUGCAAACGAUGCCAGCAAGCCUCGUGCCAAGGGUCUAAUCGGUAACAUCCACCGCCUUGGAUGCAAGAAUACCAUUGUCACACACCUCGAUGCCCGCGAUGCAUUCCCCAAGGCAAUCGGAGGCUUCGACCGUGUUUUACUAGAUGCACCUUGCACCGGUACCGGUGUCAUCUCCAAGGACCCUAGUGUGAAGACCUCGAAGAACGAACGUGACUUCCUUGCUAUUCCGCACAUGCAACGCCAGCUCCUCCUAGCUGCCAUUGACUCGGUCGACCAUUCCUCCAAAACAGGCGGCUAUCUCGUCUACUCCACCUGUAGCGUCACUGUUGAGGAAAACGAAGCCGUCGUGCAGUACGUUUUACGCAAGCGUCCCAAUGUCAAGAUCGUCGACACUGGUCUCGGUAGUUUCGGCAGUCCUGGUUUCUCAAAAUACAUGGGCAAGCACUUUGACUCUAAGAUGCCCCUGACUCGUCGUUACUUUCCUCAUCGUGAGAACGUGGACGGCUUCUUCGUCUGCAAAUUGAAGAAGACUGGUCCCAGCCCUGCGGAGAAUCCCGCCGCCAAUGGUGGUGCUUCCACCGAAUCGAAGCCCUCCGGCGCACUUUCCGCCACAUCAGAUGAGGAGAUUGUCGACAAAACCCCGAUUGCCGAUGAAGACGACACAGUCGUGGAUGCGGAGGGUGGCGCCUUCGGACCAUUCGAAGAAGACGAGGACGAAGGCCGAAUUGCACGGGCGGAACGGAACCGUCUUCGUCGCAAGGGUCUUAAUCCCAAGGCUGUAUUGAAUAAGCCAAAGAAAUCUAAGACCGAGCCAACAGAUGAAGAGUCCACGACUACAGCCCCAUCCCCGAAGCAAGACCAGAACAAGAAAGCCAAGAGGACCGACGAGCCAUCCAUAGAGAAAGAAGAGCAGAACUCUACUGAAAAGGCGGCGAAUAAAUCUUCGGACAAGAAGUUGGCUAAGCCACAGGAAUCAACUAAAAAGAAUAAGAAGGAAAGCCAUAGUCCUGGAAAGGGCAAAAAACCGACCAAAUAG